AUGGAGCUCUCGAGUGCGCUGAGGACCGGCGCGCUGUCCACCGAGGGCCUGCAGCGCGCGCGCGAGCUGGGCGUCUGCGUGCGCUGCUGCCUGCGCUUCGCUGACAUCGACGACUCGGACAUCUACGCCUGCUCGGAGGAGAAGCUGGUGGACGCUGUGCAUGAGUUCGUCAAGGAGAGCGGCGUGCUGGGCUUCGAGCCGCAGGAGGUCUCGGGCUGCACGUGCUGCGUGGGUGUGCUGAAUGGCACGUUCCACGAGAAGAUCUUGGCCGACGUGCAGCAGCUGGCGGACAAGGCCGACUACGACGUCAAGGCCUUCUCGCUCAACAUCAAGCUGCCGAGCGUCGUGAUGCUGCGCGAGUACUCGCUGCUGCAGUUCCUGCGCUCCGACGUGGAGAACUUCCCGCGCAAAAUGCCCUUUGACAUGAAAGAUGUGCUCAAGUCCUUCCUUGCACCUUCCAUCUCGAAAAUGCUCAAGAAUGCCGAGUGCGCGAAUGGGAGCGAGUUUUCCGUGCUGAUCGACGUGAAGCACGACGAAUCCGCUGAUGAAGUGCGCCAGAUCCCGGCAAUCAAGAAACAGCUAGAAAACACGCGAAAGCGCGGUCGUGGUCCGCCGCCGGUCUUCGAUGGUUUCGGCGCAGUGUCCCGAGCCCUGGCAGCGCUGGGGUCGUCCAUGCCCGACACGAUCAAGAGUCCACCGGCUCGUCUUACUACUGAACCCCACGCUGUGGCCACGUUCGAGCGCGACUCCGUGUACAUGCAGGGGCGAUACCUCAAGUUUCAGCGUGGACUAAGCCAGACGCCAUGGGUUCUGGACGGCGAGCGAAUGGGUGAGUCGUCGGUGGAGGAGUGCAUCGGUGAUAUCGCGCUGCCAUUCUUCCGCGGAUCAGGCUACAAGUUCCACACGGCUGGUCGUGAAGAUGUUGACGUGCGUAUGCUCGGAAAUGGAAGACCGUUCAUCUUGGAGAUUCUGGAUGCCGAGAAAGCGUAUCUGGACCAGUCCGAGUACGACCAGAUCGAGAAGGCUGUAAACGACGCCAACAAUGGCGCUGUCGAAAUUGUCAAGGUCAAGAGGUCCACCAAGGACUAUUUCGCCGGGCUUCAAACUGGGGCUGAUUCGAAGAAGAAGACGUAUUGCUGCGUUGUGUGGUCGGAAGGAGUGUUGACGCCGGAGUUAGUUGCAAAGAUCGAUGCAAUUCAAGACCUCACCAUUCAGCAGCAAACUCCCAUUCGUGUGCUGCACCGUCGAACGUUGAUGACGCGCCCGAAAAUUAUCCACGCAGCCAAGUGCGAAGUGCUGAACAAGCACUACAUGUUGCUGCGUCUCACAACGUCUGCUGGAACGUACGUGAAGGAGUUUGUGCACGGCGAUCGUGGUCGCACCAACCCCAACGUUGCAUCGAUUCUGGGCUGCGACGCUGAUAUCAUCCAGCUUGACGUCGAAAGCCUGAUUGAUGCCCAGUAA